AGCGCAGAACUCUGUGGGCUUUGCAGCCAAAGUCUGAUCCCGGAGGCCCCCGGGAUGCCUGAUCCGGCGAAACCCCGGAAAGACCUCACGGGAUGGAAAAAGAAGAAGCAGCCAGUGCAUCGCACGGUCAGCCAGAUCUGUCCGCCGCCCCGACGGCCGCUGACGGUGGUCGACAUCCGCACGGGCAUGGAGAACGAAAGGCUGGGGGUCGUGCGUGAUUCCAUGUUUCAGAACCCGCUCAUCGUCAAGGCAGAGCUUGGCAAGCCCAGGGAAAGAAGCUGCAGCCUGCCUGGCAUCAACUUUAAUUAUGGACUCUACAUCCGAGGGCUGGAUGGAGGGGUUCCUGAAGCCAUUGGGCACUGGAAUGUGUUUAAGCAGCAGCCUACCUGCCCCCACGAGCUGACUCGGAACUAUAUUGCCAUGAACCGAGGGGCUGUCAAAGCUGGCCUGGUGACUGCCCGAGAAAACAUGCUCUAUCGUGAACUGAAUGACAUCCGAAUCAAUGACCAGGAAGACCGGCGACAGAAGGAGCCACCUUCCAUCCCUCCCAACAUGACCUUUGGGAUCCGUUCACGGCCAUCAACACCCUUCUUUGACCUGUUACAACAUCGGUACCAGCAGCUGUGGGUACAGGAACAGAAGGCCACUCAGCAAGCCAUCAAAAUGGAGAAGAAACAGAAGGUGAUCCUGGGGAAGCUGUAUGAGACAAGGAGCAGUCAGCUGAGGAAGUACAAGCCUCCGGUGAAGCUGGAUGCUCUCUGGCACAUGCCUCACUUCAAGAAGGUGACUUCCCAUCUUGCUACGUUCCCUACUGAGGCUGAUCGCCAGAGAGCCCUCAAAGCCCACAAGGAAGAGUAUGCUGUGCGCCAGGGCACCCUGCGGAUGGGCAACUACACCCACCCCUAGCCCUCCCCACAGGAGGAGCCUCUGAGAUGCACUAGAAAAAAACCCCAAGGAACUCAGUUUCUCACCCCCCCCCCGCACCCCCUGCCAACUCCAGAAAGAUAGUCCUACAUUGUGACACAGCCCUUUGCCACAGGGACCUACUUUUUUCUUUAUAAGAACCCUGACCCCCCUCACCCUUUUGUUACACAACAUCACCCUUGUCUUCCCCCAGUUUUCCUGUGCCUAGAAACCACCAUCCUCCUCAAAAUUCUCUUUCCCUCCCCCUCUUCUU